GGGUGUGGGAUACACGUGCUUUUCGGGCGUGGUUGUGUCUUUUCUGCGGUAGAGACACGUGUAGCGAUUGCAAGUAGAAAAGGUACUGCUCGAAGCUUCGUUCGGUGUUUCUGCGGUUGUGUGGUGUAGUCGUUCUGUGCUGAUAGGACGUUUGGACAGAGUAUCAUCUAGCAGGUACAAUGAUUGGACGAGCACGUGUGAAAUCAAGACAGAGUUCCUCUUUGUCUGAAUCAGAUGAGUCUAGGCAGACAGAUGGACCAGGACUGAAUCAUAUAUCAAACGGUGCAAAUGGGAUUAAUCAAAAUGGAAAUGGGAGACACAGAGCUACUGUAUCAGCUGGCAUGCAAGCAGUGUCAGUUGCUGAGAGAGGAGGAAUGACGAGGCGUAACUAUUUUGAUCUGGGAAUAAAUACUAGAGAAACCAUGGCACAUGUAAAAGAUGACAAAAAAGGAUCUAGUGGGACACCACUGAAGAUCGUCUCCAACCUCUUCCAUUUUGAUAUAUCUAGAGACUGGCAGUUGUACCAAUACCGUGUGGUUUUCAGUCCAGAAAUUGAGUCUGUACGUUUACGAUUUGCUCUACUUUAUAGCCACACAGAUUUACUAGGAAAAGCUAGAGCAUUUGAUGGAAUCACACUAUUUCUUGCUCGUAAGCUGGAUAAUAAGGUCACAGAGGUGACAAGUGAGAAGAGAGAUGGGCAGGCUGUGAAAAUUACCAUCACUCUGCAACACCAGCUGCCAGCAAGUUCUCCAGUGUGUGUCCAGUUCUUUAAUAUUACAUUCAAAAAAGUUCUGAAAAUGCUGUCAAUGCAUCAAGUUGGACGCCACUACUACAAUCCUGCAGAUCCAGUUCAUAUUCCUCAGCACAAGUUGGUUCUGUGGCCUGGAUUUUCCUCUUCUUUGAUGAACUAUGAAGCCGGUCUGGCACUGAGUGCAGAUAUUAGCCAUAAAGUGCUACGCAAUGACACAGUUCUGGAUUUUAUGAAUGACCUUUACAAUAGAACAUCUGAUGAUAGGCGGUUUACGGAAACCUGCACAAAGGAACUUGUCGGUCAGAUUGUCCUAACAAGGUACAAUAACAAGACUUACCGGAUUGAAGACAUUGACUUUUCAGUGAACCCAACACACACUUUUAAAAAAGCUGGAACUGAAAUAAGCUAUGUGGAUUACUACAAAGAACAAUAUGAUGUGAAAGUUCAUGACCUUGGCCAGCCAAUGCUUGUUAGUCAGCUGAAAUCAAAGUUGCCGAACAAGAAUGCAGAACCACGAAUGGUCCAUAUUCUGCCUGAGCUUUGCUUUCUAACAGGUUUAAGUAGCCAGGCUAAGUCAGACUUUCGUUUGAUGAAGGAUCUUGCUUCAGAGACUCAGCUCACACCUCCUUGCAGGCAACAGCGACUCCUCAGGCUGGUUGACAGUAUUCAAAGGAACAAAGAAGCUUGUCUGGAGCUUGAAAACUGGAAAAUGCUUCUUGGGAAGCAGGUUACAGUGACUGGCCGUGUUGUUCCAAGUGAAAAAAUUCUUACGUUUGACCAGACUUGCCAUCCAGCAACAGCUGCAGAUUGGUCAAGAGAGAUAAGAAAUGUUAAAAUUAUUGAAUCGCAGCCUCUGAAUGACUGGUUAAUGGUAUACAGUAGUCGGAAUGCUGAUGUAGCUGAAAAGCUUUUCAACUGCCUGCAGAAGGUGGCAUCAGGAAUUGGGUUUCGCAUAGAAUUUCCAAGAUUAGUACAAGUGGAUGAAGGCCUAUCAUCAGUUUUCCGAGCUUUGAGUGCUCAUAUUCGGCCGGAUACCCAGUUGGUGCUGUGCAUUUUGUCCUCAAAUCAGAAGAGUAAUUAUGACGCCAUCAAAAAGUUCUUGUGCCUUGACCGCCCAGUGCCUAGUCAGUGUGUUCUUGCUCGCACACUGAACAAGCAGAACAUGAUGAUGAGUGUGGCAACUAAAAUUGCUUUGCAGAUGAAUUGCAAACUUGGAGGAGAACUGUGGACAGUGGAAAUACCUUUGAAGUCUCUGAUGGUGAUUGGAAUAGAUGUCAACAGGGAUGGACUUGAUAAACGACAUACUGUUGUUGGAUUUGUGGCUAACACAAAUGGUCGAUUUACAAGGUGGUAUUCUCGUUGUGUAAUUCAGACAACAAAUGUGGAAAUUGGAGAUUGUCUGAGAGUCUGUAUGCAAGGGGCUCUACGUUGCUGGUAUGAAAUAAACCACAGCCUACCUAACCGCAUUGUUAUAUACCGUGAUGGGGUUGGAGAUGGACAGCUGCAAUUAUUGGUAGAAUAUGAAGUACCACAGGUGCUCAGCAGUUUACAAGAACAUUCCCCUGAUUACAGACCCAAGCUUUCAGUAGUUGUCGUCCGAAAGAGAGGUAUCCCCAGAAUUUUUUUGGAAGAUAAUGGAAAACUGCAGAAUCCCCCUCUUGGUACUGUAGUCGACAGUGGCAUAACUCGUUCUGAGUGGUAUGACUUCUACUUGGUCAGCCAAGUGGCACGUCAGGGAACUGUAAAUCCAACUUACUACAAUGUUGUGUUUGACACGAAUGGAUUAAAACCAGACCACAUGCAGAGGCUGACUUACAAGAUGUGCCAUUUGUACUACAACUGGCCUGGUGUGAUUGCCAUUCCAGCACCAUGCCAGUAUGCACAUAAGCUUACAUUCCUGGUGGGACAGAGUAUUCACAGAGAGCCAAGCGUUCAGUUGUCCAGCAAGCUAUUCUACUUGUAACAGAACAGUGGGUCUUCAAGUGUGCAGUGUGUAUAUUGCCAUACAUUUUCAACUGUAUGCUUUUAGAAUAUUUUAGAAUUAUGAUUAGUAAAUCAGA